GUCUGGCAGAGAAACACAGCACAGAGGAGGUGCUCCGGUGAAGUUGUUCCCCGGUCGGAGGCGAGUUCUGUGGCGCACGGGAAAGACCACGGAGACGGUGCACAGCUGGAUCACACAGCUGCUGUUUUGGAAGUAUCGCUGUUGCGAAUAUAAAGCCCCCCCCCCACCAAAAAAAAGCUCCACGAAAUGAGAUCUUUGUCAAGUGGACGAUUAUAGUGAAAAGUUACUGCUGCUGGCAGAGAAGAGGCAGUUGUUUUGCUUUUCAAUUGGACCAUUGUCCUCAGGCAUCUGCUCUUUCAAUGUGGGAUACAGUUUUGGUGCUUUCGCCAGGCUGAAAUCCUCCAGGAUCAGGACCUCCCUCAUGGCAGCGUUGCUCCUCGGGCUGCUGCUUUUUGCAAUGCAGUCUCCCCCUCUCCCCUCCAGGCCCGUGGCUGACGGGGGCCCACCUUUACCCCCCACCUCAUCGCCCACCGACAACGGGACCACGAGCCACCCAAACGGGACCCUCCAGCAACUUCCUCAAAUUAUAAUCAUUGGCGUGAGGAAGGGGGGCACGCGGGCUCUGAUAGAGAUGCUCAGUCUGCACAGUGCGGUGGCAGCAGCUCAGAACGAGGUGCACUUCUUUGACUGGGAGAGUCACUUUCAGAAGGGCUUGCCUUGGUAUCUCAGCCAGAUGCCAUACGCCUUCCCCGACCAGCUGACGGUAGAGAAGACUCCGGCCUACUUUACCUCCAGCAAAGUCCCCAAACGCAUCCAUCAGAUGAACCCUGACAUCAAGCUGCUGCUCAUCCUCAGAGACCCCACAGAGCGGGUGCUGUCGGACUACACCCAGGUCUUUUACAACCGCCUCCAGAAGCACAAGCGCUACCAGCCCAUUGAGUCCGUGCUGGUGAAGGACGGCGAGAUCAACCUGGGAUACAAGGCUCUCAAUCGCAGCCUGUACUAUGUUCACAUGCAGAACUGGCUGAAAUACUUCCCACUGGAGAGCAUUCAUGUUGUGGACGGGGACGAGUUGAUCAGGGACCCCUUCCCUGAGGUGAAAAAGGUGGAAAGAUUCUUAAAGCUGGAACCCCAGAUAAAUGCUUCUAAUUUUUACUUCAAUAAAACUAAAGGAUUCUACUGUUUAAGAGACCAUGGGCGAGAACGGUGUUUACACGAUUCAAAAGGCAGGGCUCACCCUCAUGUGGCACCUGCCAUCCUGCAAAAACUCUACCAGUUCUUUCACGAACCCAACAAGAAGUUCUAUGAGCUGGUGGGUCGAACAUUCAGCUGGAAAUGAACGUUUGAGUCUCAGUAGUUGCUCGGGGAUAAUCUCUAUGAGCUGUCCUGUUUUUCUCACUAACAGCGUAGAUGAAGAGACAAAGCUAAUGUAAAUUUAAACUAAAUCUAUUUUUGUACUAGUAUGUUUGUUAGAGGAGUGUGAUGGAGCCAAAUAUCAGGGCAGACUACAGUUCAUGACAUGCUCUGUUAGUGCAUGUCUUGUUUUCUUUUCAUUAUCAAACAUAUGCAUUUUACUGUCUCUGACUGCUGUUUAGCUCGUCUGAUCAAAUCACUCAUUAUGACAUUGAUAAUGACAUUCAGGCUUUAGACUGUGCCAGUUAAUGUGUUACAUAAAGAUAAGUACCACACAGUUUGAAAUUGUCAUACCUUCCUUAAUGUUUUGCUCCAUAUAAUAUGACAUUAUUAACAUCUAACUGCAUUUAGAGCUCUGGAGGAACCUUUAACUGCUGCUAUGAUUUUCUCAGUCACUUUCAGGCACAAGCUGUACUGAAUAUGUAUUUGUUCUUUUUGUUACUCAAAUGUUUCUUUAUGUAAGAGUCAGUUAUAUAAAUGCUCUGUGCACAUCAUAUAUUUGCCGAUCAUUACGGUGUACUGUAAAUAUUUUUUUCAAAAGGUGAAGAAUUAAUACCAUAAUAAAGAUGUAUUUUAUUUUUA